UCGGGGGCGCGCUUCCGCUCCACAGGGAUUUCGUCAGUGCUAGCCCGGACUGGACGGAGAGUAGACGUGCCUCUUGUAGAGAACCAGAACCGACACCAACCGCAAACACCAUAAGCAGUGCCUGUCGUCGCGUUGCGUCUUUUCCUUAAUCCGAACCGACCAACUCUGAAUUCGCUUUAAAUAUGUCUAAUAUCGUCUGUUGUCAAACGCCUCAGGUUAUAAUGUAUGACCAACAAAGAAUAAGUACAACUCUAUAGCCAACGGGAUCCCGAGGACUUGAUUACAGUCGCUUGAAGCCUGAUAGUUUGUCCGUGGGGUUGCUCUCCCUUGUGCUCACAUCUGCAGUCAGCUGGCAUUUCCUCUGGCAACUUCCCGUCCCUCUCCUCGGGUGAAGAAGACUUAGUUCCCCUGUGAUCUCUGUCUUCUCUGCCUCUUUCUUACAAUUGGUUCUGCUCAACUGCAAUUCUCCCUGGAUCUGAAUUAUUCUCUAUUCGGAAUACUAUUAAAACCAACCAAGAUGAUUCCAAACGGUUAUUUGAUCUUUGAGGAUGAGAGUUUCCUGGAUUCCACUGUGGCCAAAAUGAAUGCUCUGAGAAAGAGUGGUCAGUUCUGUGAUGUGAGGCUGCAGGUGUGUGGUCAUGAGCUGAUGGCUCACCGUGCUGUUCUGGCUUGUUGCAGUCCCUACUUGUUUGAGAUCUUUAAUAGUGAUAUCGAGCCUCAUGGAGUCUCGCAUGUCACUUUUGAGGACUUGGACCCAGGGGCUGUGGAAAUCCUCCUGAACUACGCCUACACUGCCCAACUGAAGGCGGACAAGGAGCUGGUGAAGGACGUAUACUCUGCAGCCAAAAGGUUCAAGAUGGAGCGAGUCAAACAGAUUUGUGGCGACUACCUGCUGUCUAAACUGGAUUCCCAGAAUGCCAUCUCCUUCCGAAACUUUACCAGCUCUAUGGGAGAUGGCAGACUUUUGGCCAAGGUGGAUGCUUUCAUUCAAGACCAUCUUCUUGAGGUGUCUGAACAGGAGGACUUCCUCAAACUACCCCGCCUCAAGUUGGAAGUGAUGCUAGAAGACAACCUGACUCUGCCCAGCAAUGGCAAGCUCUACUCCAAGGUUCUCAACUGGGUGCAGCGCAGCCUUUGGGAGAAUGGAGACCAACUGGAUCGACUGAUGGAGGAGGUGCAAACGCUCUACUACUCACCUGACCAUAAGCUUGUGGAUGGAGCGCUGGUGAUUGAAGGGCACAGUGAGGUGUUUGGUGGCGAGGAAGACCACCUUCAGUUUGUGCAGAAGAAACCCGUGAGGGAGAGCGCCCAGAGACAGCAGAGCUGCAGCUCCUCAGGAAGCCUGUCACCCUCCAACCAAGCAGCUAACGCCCCAAAGCAGACCGCCAGGAGAGAGUGGAAGUACAUCGCCUCUGAGAAGACCGCAAACAACAACUAUCUGUGUCUGGCUGUGCUGGAUGGAGUGCUGUGUGUGAUCUUCCUGCACGGUCGCAGCAGCCCCCAGACGUCUCCCUCUGCCACGCCCUGCCUGAUGAAGAGCCUCAGCUUCGAGGCCCCGCCCGAGGAUCUGGAAGAACACCCCCUGUCUCCCAUGCACUACGCCCGCUCCGGCCUGGGCACUGCAGCCCUGAACGGACGACUCAUCGCAGCAGGAGGCUACAACAGAGAGGAGUGUCUGAGGACUGUGGAGUGUUACGACCCUCAGGAGGACCGCUGGACUUUCAUCGCACCCAUGCGGACUCCGAGGGCUCGUUUCCAGAUGGCCGUGCUAAUGGGUCAGCUGUAUGUGAUUGGAGGUUCAAAUGGACAUUCUGAUGAGCUCAGCUGUGGGGAGACGUACGAUCCACGCGCCGAUGAGUGGGCCCAGGUACCAGAGCUUCGGACAAACCGCUGCAACGCAGGUGUCUGCUCCUUGAACAACAAACUUUACGUUGUGGGAGGGUCGGACCCCUGUGGGCAGAAGGGCCUGAAGAACUGUGACGCUUUUGACCCCGUGACGAAAUCCUGGUCCAACUGUGCUUCUCUAAACAUCAGGAGACACCAGGCGGCCGUGUGCGAGCUGGACGGCUUCAUGUAUGUGAUUGGAGGGGCCGAGUCGUGGAACUGCCUGAACACCGUGGAGCGCUACAACCCCGAGAACAACACCUGGACUCUGGUGGCCCCCAUGAACGUGGCGCGCAGAGGAGCCGCCGUCGCCGUGCACGCAGGCAAACUGUUCGUGGUCGGCGGCUUCGACGGCUCCCACGCCCUCCGCUGCGUGGAGGUGUACGACCCCGCCCGCAACGACUGGAGGAUGCUGGGGAGCAUGACGUCGUCGCGCAGCAACGCGGGCGUGGCUGUGCUGGGGGAGAACAUGUACGCCGUGGGCGGCUUCGACGGGAACGACUUCCUCAACACGGUGGAGGUGUACAGCCCCGAGGCGGACGAGUGGAACGACUACACCAAAGCCCCAUCUCCCCUCUCCGACUGAGGAGGGGGGAGGUGGGGGAGCCGGGGCGGCGGGGGGCGGGCGUUUGGUUUCACAGUACUUCAACUUUUUCCAAACUAACAGGCUUAGUGACGUAAUCGUGUUUCGUGAUCUUCUGUGUGUAUGAAUGGGUUUGUGUGACAGGUUCAGGUGAGGGGUCUUCAGUGAAGACUGGCUUAUUCUUGACAGGUGGGAGGGGGAGGGGGGUGGGGGUUGUUGCCCAGAGCAACAUGACGCCUUUGCAUAUUGCAUACAUUUGUUCUUCUUUUGAGCUGUAUAUAUUUUGUUUCUUCCUCAUUUUUUUGUCAUAUGCCAACAUUUACUACACAUUUAGUGCUUUUCUUUUUCUCCUAGUUAAAGGUAGUCACUCGGAGGGUUUUCAGAUGAGCUUUCAAUUAUCAGCCAUUUAAAAGGUGGUCGUAUGGAGUGAUGACUGAAUUCUGUAACUUUUUAAGACAAUUUCUGUUCAAGUGUAAUUUUGCUCACAUUUAAAGGUCAAUGGUUUGAGGCCUUAAGAGUGCAAGUUGAUAAAAAAACAUAGCUUUUUGUGUCAUUUUAAACGAGCUGGAUUGCUUUUUGACUCUUAAAUGAUGGCCUUUUUUAUAUUUUUUAUACACUGCUGAUUUACCAGUUUAAAGUAGUAGCAGACGGCUUAAGUCAGUGAAUCUAACCAGUGCCAGAUUAAAAAAUUUUUUUUUUGUGCACACUCUCACACAGACGCACCAGACACGCACAUCCAUGCUUCUGCUAACCAAAUUUUUGUUAUUGUGAUUUAACUAAUUGAUGUAUGUAGAGAUACAGUUUACUGAAGAUCCUUCUUUUCUCUUUUGUGUGUUAAAUUGUCAGGCAUUGGCAGAUUCUUCAGGAAGGAAUGUUAGAGCAAGAAAACUAUCACAUUUGUAACAUUUCGUAAUUAAUAAAUCAUUUAAAUCUGA